AUGUCCUCCCCUGAAAUUGCUUCCCUUUCUUGGGGUCAGAUGAAGGUGAAAGGCUGCUCUACAACAUACAAAGACUGCAAAGUGUGGCCGGGAGGAAGCCGAACCUGGGAUUGGCGAGAAACCGGGACUAACGAUCUGGCUAUACCUCCGGGUGAGCGCUUUGGUGUUUUUGGUGAGAUCUGUCAGAACUUGCUGCAAGCCGCUGACAUGAUGGGACAAGCGCUCUUCCAGAUUGCCGUCUGCGCCCUCAUCUAG